AUGCGCGCUAUUCUAUUCUUGACUACCUCUGGCAUAGCGCACUUGGCGCAUGGCGCUGGCGUUCUGGUUCAUAUUGAAAUCUUGAGGCAAGCUGCCUAUACCCUCUCGCUGCCGCCGGUGAAUGUAUCGCUUCCUCUUGCAGACUGGCUUGAAGAGCACAGAGCUUUUGCCCAACCCGGUGCCUUCUUCCCUGACUGGGGUUAUGGCUGCCUUGGCUCUGAUGAUCCUGCAGAAAUGGCACACUGGCCACCAUUUCUUGGCAUAGCUAUGCAGUACCUACAAGACACGUACCCAGAACUCUCGAGCAAUGUCGCGGGACAACAGCUAUUGUCCUUUCUUUUGGCCACUGCAAGCCAUCAGACAGCAGACAGUACCUGGCACUCGAUUCGCUUUCGAGAUGGACUCAUGCGCGUCGUGGCGGAUGUCGACUUUGGAGGCGAUUAUGAGGCUGCGCAUAGUAUUCUCGAUAUCGGUGGUGAUACAAUCUUCGCAAAAGCGUUUGCAGUGCAGGAGGACGGCAACGGUUUCGAUCACUUGAGCCAAAUCUGGAAAGUACCCUUUGCCGACUUGCUCGCCAUUUACAAACACAUGGGUAUACGUAUUAACCCCAUCAAGCUGCGUUACUGCAUGAUGCGUGGCUUUGCAGCAGUUUCUGCCUUGAGGCGAGUCGGUGACCGCCUGACGAAGCGAUAUGCUCGAAGGUCGCCAUUUAUGAUUCACGAAAUUGAGCAUUUCCAUAAAGGCUCAGUCAGAGAGGCUGCAGUGUCCGUCUUACCCUGCUGGAAGGCAAUGGAAGGAUGGAUUGUAUCAGGUCAAGUACCGCAAGGCGAGGCAAUCUGGGAUUAUUGCGAACCGAUGCGUACAAUCAAUGCUCGUGGAAAGCCUCUCGCGAUACACAUUGGCAUAACGAAGCGUUCAUCAGUUAGUCAGAUGGUCUUUUCAAAUACCUGCGCUUCGGACGACGACUCGUUGGAAGAGUAUGAAACAAUCUUGCAACAAGAGCUGGAUCUCAUGGUUGCCGUAGAACAAGAUGGAGUUCUCAUUUUAUCGACGAAACCCUUCAAGCAAAAGUCCAACUCACACAAGACUCCAGAGCUAUCGCGGCCGCAUGAUCCAAAGAUUCACUCAGACCCUUUCUUCUUAACACCAAGCGUUCCGUACAGCAACUUUGGCAGCGCCAUUACUUUCGUCACUUGUUCUUCCAGCUUGCAGAUUGCUGUCGGUGCUCCACUUGAUACAGAUGAAAGCACAGAUUCAGGUCGAGGCUCCGUGUUUGUCAUCCCAAUACAAAAUGAUGAGGCGAGCAGCAUGCAACCACAUACAGAAUGUGCUCUGGCCGACAUGCGCUUGCGCUCAACAAAUGCAGACCAUUCUACGCCACUCUUCUUCGGUACAGCAUUGGUCAACUUGACUCUGGCAGGCCUCGAAACGCUCGCAGUACUCUCGUACCAUCAAGUCGAGUUAUAUCAGAUGCGAAAUGAUACUAUGGAGACAGCACCAUUUGUGACGAUCCGAAGAGCACAUGCAGCCAAUGCUUAUGAAAAUGCCCCCAUUGCAAGCAACUUGGCAGUGUACGAACAUCGAGGCGUGCGCAUGUUAGCACUGCUAGCACCCUGGUCUGGUCGCGCUUCGCAAGGAGCAGUCUACUUGUUCAGCGAGGCGACGCUUGUCACUGGGCCAUCUGGUCUUAUUCUGGAAGAUGCUGAUAUCGUCCUACAUGGCACGAGGCCAUAUGAGAGGUUUGGUUUGACCUUGACCUAUCUAGGACCUCAAAAGCUGCUCGUUAUUGGCAGUGCUCGCAAGCUAUCCUUUAUGCAGCCUCAAAAGGAUGCUUAUGCAGUGCUCUGGGUCUUGGACGAUCCGUCACAGCAAAAGCUCGACACUGGCUUUGGCCGCGCUGCUGUGUCAGAGGGUAACUUUCUCUAUGUCGCCUCUCCUGAUGAAUCUGACGGCAACAUACCACAAUCUGGCAAAGUACGCGUCUUCCAUCUGGCGCCAUUAUUCUCGAGUAGUGCAAGGUCCUUACAAACCCCAUGGACUGUGACACUUGUACGUGUCAUCACUGCACUCGAACCAACACCGUUCGGUCACUUUGGCCAAACGCUGACAGCGGCCGGUCAAUUUGAGGGCAUCUACAUUGGUGCCCCGGGCUAUGAUGACCGCGGUGCUCUCUUCUACCUUCCUACGCUGGCCAACAAGCGGCAGAAAGCGCUACGACAGCGUCCUGUUGGAUUUGUGACUGAAUUGCUAGCAAAGUGGUUUCCUGGACCACUACAAAAGCAGCGUCUUGAAGAGCGUGCUCAACAUGCAGCCAUUCAUCAGCGUGCCAUGCGAAGUUGGUAUACAGACACGGCACCAAAGCCUCGCCGAGGGCAAAAGCUGAAGCCAAUAUACAAUGUCACGCUGGCUCCGUGUGUCCUCGGCUACGAAGCAGGUUCUAAGUUUGGCUCUACGGUGGCGAGCAGUGCCGGCGGGCUUGUGAUUGUGGGUGCACCGUACAGUUCGGGGCUCGGCAUAUCGCAGCGCCGUGCUGGGCGUGUGAUUCUGUACGAAGGCCUGCGCUGCUGA